AUGAACCUGCGGCGCGUUAGCUUCGAAGGCGCAAAGUGGGACGACCUCCAGGCUCAGAUACUCUUGAUGGCUAGAACUCCCGCCUUCUUGCCGAAUCUCGCCAUCCUUCGUGCACCGCGCGCUCCCUGCCUCCCGAACCAGAUUGCCCUUGUGGCACGCAUCCUCGUAUCUCAUCCCGACCUCGAGGCGCUCGACUUGGGCUGUUACGAGCUGCCAAGCACAGGCAGCACAGGUCCUCCUCUAGAAUCUACGGAACGCCCGAUUGACGUUUCCUCAAACCGUCUGUACGCGCUGGUCCUGAGUCUUCAUACCCUCACCAACCCAGCCAUCACACUGCUCGCCGGCAUCGUCUCCAACUGCCACUCCCUCACUCAUCUCGGUCUUCACCAUGUCCCCCACCCAUCAAUCCUACAAACCUUGAUUGGCGCUCUCCCGCAUCCUCAGCUCCUUCGACGCUUCCACCUCUCAUUCUCCCAAGGCCAUGAACCUUUGCCCGAAGACGGCAUCUCCCUGGCGCCAUACAUUCAAGUUCUCACGGACCUCCAAGAAUUGAGCGUCGGCGCGUUCUGCCUGGUCUUCGACGACGACACGAUCACAGCCCUGAAGGCUCGCGAACCGCUUCAACUUGUCCACUUUCUGCCGGGCUAUGGAGAAGAACCUGACGACGUUCUCGUUGGCUUGGAACGCUUGGAUACGUCGUUCCCGCGCCGACUGAAGCUGGAUCAGGAGGAACCAGCAGCCAUAGGCGACAGGAUUGACAACCUGUAUGUGUGCUGCCGCAACGACUUUCCGUCGUUCAGCUGGUUCUACCAGAACUGGAUUUUUCCGGACUGGCUGCACGACGCGAGACUUGGCAUCUACGCCGAUAUCGUCAAACUCGCAGGCUCGCACAGCACGGCGGUAUGCGGAGCUAUCAUUGAUUCGUUCGAAGUCAUGGAAGUGUGGGAGGAUGAGCAGGAACGUUAUGAAAUACGGCGAGACUGGUCGAAAUACUACCGCGACUGCAGCUGCCGCUCUUCGGAGGCGUAUUACGGGGAACACGAGGAUGAUGAGGAUGAGUGGGAAGAAGCGGGUCCCUCAGAUGAGGAGGAAGUGUCAGGAGAGCUGGAGGAGCCGGAGGAGCCAGAAGAGUCGGUGGAAAAAGGGCACGAGGAUGAGCGUCUUGAGGCGGCGGGACAAGGAUCCGACUGCAAGGCUGAGGUCUCGUGGGACAAACUUGAGCCCCUCCUGUGA